AUGGCGGACACAACACAGGUAGGGCAAGUAGCUAAGGAGAUGAAAAAGUAUUGGAUUAUAGUGGUAGGGAUAAGUGAGACCAAGUGGAAAGGGACGGGAUGAGUAACACUGCAGAGUGGAGAGAAGGUGGUGUACGUAGGAAAUGAUGAGGCACAACAGGGUGGAGUAGCCAUCAUGAAGAGUAUGACGGCAAAGGGGGGCUUGAUGCAAUCGAUGCCAAUUAGCAAAAUGAUUAUUACAGCACCAUACUACUACUGACGGUGGUACAAACAUAUGCCCCAAUAAAUGAUAGAAUGCAUGAGCAAAAGAAUGAAUCGUACAAUGAGCUACAGGACACUAUUUCAGACUCCAAGAGAAAUGAUGUGAUUGUGGUGAUGGGAAAUUUGAAACGAUUCCAUGCGUUGUUGUUAUGGUUAUCUUUCCUUCACUACGCCUGCAAACCGUGACCAAAAUACUUACUAUCACCUCUCUCCUAUACACUGAAGACAUCACGUUUACCCAAGUAGUAUUGAGGAACACAACUCCCUAAUAAAGACAACCAUAAGCUUACCUGUAGGUCACUAGGUAAACCAGACUCACCAUGUUCUAAUGAAUGGAAACAUGAGAACAUCUAUUUAGACACCAGAGUAAUGAGAGGAACAGUAUACAGUACCAUUACCUUGUGACAACAAGGAUCUGUCUAAAGUUGGCAAGAGCUGAGGAGAGGAACAACGUAAGGGAAAGGUUUGACGUAAGUAAACUGCCUAGUGAAGAGAUCAAGAGGAAGCACAACACUGAGGUGAGGAACAGGUUUGGAGCUUUAGGAGACAUAGAUGAUCCGGAGGAAGAACACCAUAUGAUUUUUGCAACAUACAGAGAUGGAGCAAAGAGAGUCUUGGGGUGGUGAAAGAAACUUAGUAGGCCAUGGACAGGAAGCAAAAGAUGGGAAAAAUCAAGGAGAGAAAAGAGGCAAAAUUGAAGUUGGAGGGUGAAAGAUUGGAAGGACUGAAAGAGAGAAGAAGCGAGGGGUAUAGUGUGAAGAACGACAAAUGAAACGAAAAGCUAGGAAGGAUAAGAAAAGAUGGUAGAGAAGAGGGCAGCAGCAGCAGUAAAGACCGCUGAGAAUGGUAGAAACAAGGAGCUAUACAGCAUAACUAAUUAGAUAACUGGAGAAAGGAAGAAACAAGCAAUAGGUGUUGAGGAUAAAAGAGGGGUGCUUAGGACUGAAACAAAAGAAAGACUGCAGAGAUGGGCGGAGCACUUUAGUGAAAUAUUAAACAAAGAUGACCCCACGAAUCCUGUGGAAGAGGAUGGGAUAGUAGAAUCGGAAGACAUUAAGGAAAUAGGUCUAGAAAGAUGGCGAUCACAAGAGGUCAAGGAUGCGUUGAAGAGGACAAAUCCAGGGAAAGUGGGCUGGAGUACAUAACGUGUGUCCGUAAUUAUUGAGAGCUGACAUGAAGACAUUGCAAGUAGGCUGACUUGUUGUUACAACAGGCUUUGGGAAACUGAGAGGUGGCGGAAAGUGUGGAAGAAGAGACUUGACUUAACGUAUUUAAGAAAGGUAGCUUGCACGAAUGCAACAACUGUAGAGGAGUGACUUUUGUACUUGUCAUUAGUAAGAUAUCCUGUGGGAUGCGGUUGGGGCGGAUCAAGAAAGGCAUAGACAGGAAACUUCGAAAAGAGCAGGCUGGGUUUUGACCGAAGAGAAAUACAGCUGAACAGAUCUUUAUAGUUAAAAUCAUCUUAGGGCAGGCAAAUGAGUCGAGGGACGGUCUGUAUGCGCACUUUGUUUUACACUUUGAAAAAGCCUUUGACUCUGUACAGAGUUAAGGAUUAUGGAAUAUCAUGAGAAGUUAUGGGAUACCAGACAAGACGGUAAGAGUAGUAGCAGUAAUAUACGUGGGCUUUGAGUGCACAGUUGUCGACGGGAGUGUAACAUCUGACUGGUUUAUGAUCAAGUCUGGGGGAAAACAGGGGUGCGUGAUGUCAAGAUUCUAAGCCAUAGUGUGGUUGGAUGGAGUCAUGAGGAAGGCAACAGCAGACAAGAGAAGAGGGAUAAGGUGGAAUUUCACAGGUGUGCUGGAGGACCAUGAUUUCGCAGAUGACAUUGCACUUCUGUCAUCUACAUUCAAGGACUUGCAUGAAAAGACUGGGAGAUUGGCAGAGAAAGCAGCCAGAGUAGGACUCAAACUUUAUGCAACAAAGUGCAAGACACUAUGGACUGGGUGUGCUAGUAGAAGGGAGAAUAUUGUGGUGCAUGGCGAAGAGGUGGAUGACGUUGAGGAGUUGCGGCGAAGAAGGUGCAACUGGCUAGGUCACAUACUAAAGAGUGAGGGUGAGAACGACUGCUUUACAGCAUUAGGAUUGGCUCCUAAAGGUCUAAGGACGAGAGGAAGACCAAAAACUACUUGAAAAAGGACAGUCGGGAAAUAAAUCUGGGUGGAAGAGCUGGGAAGUAGAAAAAGCGGUUGCACAAGACAGAAAGGUUGGUCAGACAGCAUGGAGAAACCAGAAGAGUUGAUAAGGACACAACACUGGCUGGGGGUGUUGCUGCUGGGGCUGCAAUGAUGCUCUUGGGUCAAAGUCACCUGGAAGCCCAAAGGUCGAUAGGCCCCAUAGUAGCCCCUAAGCGACAGACAGGCAGGGCAAGUAGCUAAGGAGAUGAAAGAGUAUGGGUUUCGAGUGCUAGGAAUAACUGAGCCUAGGUGGAAAGGGACCGGAUCAGCAACACUGCAGAGUGGAGAGAAGGUGGUGUACCUAGAAAAUGAUAAGAUACAACGGGAAGGAGUAGCCAUCAUGAAGAGUGGGAGGGCAAAGGGAGCCUUGAUGGAAUCAACGCCAAUCAGCAAAAUGAUCAUUACAGCAUACUACUACUCAAAGUACAGAAAAGUGACGGUAGUACAACCAUAUGCACCAAUAAAUGAUGCAAUGGAUGAGCAAAAGAAUGAAUCCUACAACCAGCUGCAGGACACUAUUUCAGACUGCAACAGACAUGAUCUGAUUGUGGUGAUGGGAGAUUUGAAUGCUAAGGUACGCAACAACAAUACCAAUAGAAAGGAAGUGAUGCGGACGUUUGGCACUGGUUUUAUGAAUGAUAGUGGAGAGAGGAUAUGUGACUUCUGUAGUGCAAAUGGGUUCAUCAUAACUGGAACAAACUUCCCUCAUAAAGACAUCCAUAAGCUUACCUGGGGGUCACCAGANUUCUCAAACUCAUUAAUAAUUCAUUAAGAAAAUACAAAGGAAAUUAAUGUUUAAUGAGUGUUUGGAAAUCGGAUGAAACACUGCUUAGUAUUUGCAUCCUUAAUUUCUCCUUCAAAAAUGAUUUUGUUUGAGAAGAAAUAUCAAACAUUCGACACAGUGUUUCAUCACCAGAUGAAACACCUCGAAGUUCGUCAAAAAUACUCCGCUGCGCGUCGUAUUUUCAACUCUCUUCUCGGUGUUUCAUCUGGUGAUGAAACACUGCAUCUCAUGUUUGAUAUAUUACUUCAAACACCAGCGUAAUGAGAGGAACAGACGUAUACAGUGACCAUUACCUUGUGAAAACGAGGAUCUGUCUAAAGUUGGCAAGAGCUGAGGGGAGGAAGAACGUAAGGGAAAGGUUUGACGUAAGUAAACUGCAAAGUGAAAAGAUCAGGAGGAAGCACAACAAUGAGGUAAGGAAUAGGUUUGAAGCUUUAGGAGACGUAGAUGAUCCGGAGGAAGAACACGAUAUGAGUUUGGCAACGUAA